AUGAUGCGCCCCGGGCUUGACAAGCCGGGCGCACUGCCGCUCCUAGUAGUGGUGAUCUUUUCACUACUCACUCUGGCGCCCUCAUUGUCGAAUAUCUAUAAUUUGAAACUGGCCGAUUUCUCAUUCAACACGCAUGGAGUUCGAUGUAAGUUCAUUGGAAUUGGUAUUGCGUUGGCAUCGGCAUUUCCGAGACCUCAAGCUAACGGGAACACCUCGUAUCCAGAUAUGCCUCUCAUCAACGAACCUGUCGCCGAAUUCCCCUCGGACACCCCGCCGGUCAACUAUCCGGUCUCGUGGACUAUGACGGCGCAAUAUCGGCCGCGUGGAAAUCUCCAGUCGCGUUCUGUGCGCUCCGGAAACAACGCGCCGACACUCUCCGGCGAGCUCGCUUCCGUCGAGAACAAAAGCGAAUUAUCAUAUGGCACGGUAGACUCGUCGUUCAUGUUUAGCCGACGGGCUCGCGCUUUCCGAACCUACUUCAUCCAGCAAUUAGACGACUAUCAAAUCUUCACCUCCUUUUCGAACCGAAGCUUCUCUCCCGAAACCGCACACCUCAACCCUACCAUACCCACUUCUACUCCCGCCCCUCGCCCGACUUCUCUUGACGAACCUUCGUCCGAAAAUAAACAGCAUCUGAAUAAUGAGCCGACCCCCUCAUACAUAUCACCGACAAACUGGCCGAGACUGCAGCUCUCGCCUUUGUUUGGAAUGUGGCAGCAGGCCUGCCGCACUACAACCAAGCUUUGGAAGCUCGGGCCCGAGACUCUAGCCCAAUCUUCCAGUAUACCUUGGAACUGGGACUGGUCCUAUAUCGAGUCUCACGCGCCCGACGAAAAACAACAUCCGACCCGCGCAGCUAAAAUUCCCCAUCCGCAAGAUCCGCAAGCACGGGCCAAUGCGACCUCGAAUCAACCCGUGCAGACCGCAAAAUCAAGCACAUUCUCCCAUAACGAGACCACCGAUGCUGCCAUUCGAACGACCCCUGAGUUAAAGGGUAGCUGUAUGGCAGUGGUUAUCGGCCUGGUUGUCGGAAUUAUGUGGUUUUAG